AUCUGUGUUUUGAAUAACUAUACGCCAAUAUUCGAAUUGGCACGAAGUUCGAUUUUUCGUCUGGAGAAAUUCAGUCUCGUUAUUGUGAGAGUUCAAAAAUAAGAAAGUUGCCUUGUUGUAGUACUCUAGCCGAUAAACAUGACGGAACAGACGAACGGUGAAACCAAAAAGAGCGACUCAGAUGUUGUUCAGCCGAAGAAUAUGGACUUGAGUAGCGCAAUAGCCACUGCGGUAAAUCAUGUCCUAGAUGGUUACGACUGGUCUUUAAUUCCACUACCUGUGAGAGUAAAUGGUGGACAUAAACAUAAACCGCACGUGAAGAGACCCAUGAACGCUUUUAUGGUCUGGGCGCAAGCAGCUAGAAGAAAAUUAGCUGAUCAGUAUCCCCAUCUACACAACGCUGAACUGAGCAAAACGCUAGGGAAACUUUGGAAACUGCUCAACGAUGCUGAGAAGAAACCGUUCAUCGAAGAGGCCGAGAGACUCAGGCUGAAACAUAAGAGAGAGCAUCCCGAUUAUAAAUAUCAGCCACGAAGAAAGAAGCAAAAAGGCAACGGAGGUCCUGAUCAACCGGAGGCAACAAUCUCAGCUGAUGAUCUGUUGAAAGUCUUAAAAGGUGAUACCCAACUGAUGCCCAAAUCAGGAUGCAGCCAAGACGGCAACUGCGCGAGUCCAGAAAGUAGUUUAAGCGGUGAAGAAGCCAGUAGCCCAGGUUCCAGUUGUUCAGCCACUUCACCGCCAACCACGCCGACUGCCACUGUCAAGUUGGAAGGUGGAUUGAAAUUCUCUGAGGCGAGCGUGGCGGACCAUGAAAUCCACGGUCCUUCUUCCAGCUUUGCCGCGUGCCCGAAGAAAACAGAGCCGAACGGAAGCAGUGACAGCAACAGCAAUAACGCGCUUGAUUUUCACGUUGAAAUGGGUGACCUAACCACAGAUCUAAUGGUGGACACUACAGAAUUCGAUCAAUACCUGCACUCAUACACUCAGCCACUGCUCUCAAACCCUCCUUCCUCAGCUUCAUCGGUAACCUUCACUUCUCACGGCUUCACUCAAACGCACGGAGCGUCCAAGUUCGUGACAAAUAACAAUUCUGUCUCGUCCAGCUACACAGAAUUUAUGGAGCAAUUGCAGAAGCUUCCUUCCUCGUACCCGCCGAAUCAAGUCGCUCCCUCGGCUCUGCAGCAGAGGAACCAACCUGACAAUGGCGCGUUCCAAUUCUCGUUCGGCGACACCGAAGUAAGUGGAAACAGCUCUCGACCGUUCACAAUUUCCGAUGUCCCUUCAAUUGUUAUUCCUGCUUCGACAACCUCUGCAGCGCAGAACCCGCAGUCAUCUCCUUCCCGUAUGCACACGCUUGUUUGGAAAUGA